UAAUAGAAAUAAUAAUGGUCCAAGUAAACAUCGCAGGAGGAACUUUGUUCAAAAUCAUCUAUAUAGCACUAGCUCUAACAGUUAUCGUCUUUGGAAUUGUGAGCUUAAUCUCCUUCAGUGGUGGUGUUAUAGCUGUCUUCUUCCGAAUCUACAGUAUAAUGUUUGGAGCCCUCUUGUUGAUAUCUGAAUUUAAUUUGGAAUUUAUAAAGAAGUACUUCUUCUUCAUGAAAAAGACUAUUGGCAAAGGAGUAUUCUGUAUCAUCAUGGCAUCCACCCUCUUGAACACAAACAAUUGGUAUAGCUGGGGAUUUGCAAUCGGAUUCGCUGCGAUUGGAGUGAUCUUCAUUUUAUUAUCAUUCUUUGUGCAAGAUACUAGCGAAGACGAUGUGUAUAACGAUACCAAGGUAUAAUCCUAAUCAAAACUUUUAAUUCUCGGCAGAACUAUUCAAUUUAGU